AUGGCCGCCAUCAACGAUCCCACCAUCGCCCUAGGCCCCGACUUCAAGAAGCUCUCCGGGCCCGAGAACUUCACCGACUGGUUCCAGCGUUUCAAAGACAUCGCGAACAUCUACGGCUACAGAGAGCACUUUAAGGGAAGAGCUGAGGUAGUCGCAAAGCCAGUGGCGCCCGCCUUUUCCGCACUCCAACAAGAUGAUGAUGAUGUGGUACAAGAGACUCCUCUAGUGGACUGGCAGUACCAGCUCGCCGUCUACCAAUUCCAGCUACAGAAAUGGAAAGACUAUGAUCACGCCUCUCGCUCAGCUUUAGCCCUCCUACACGCGGCUGUUGAACCCCAGUUAUGGAAGGAGCUGAAAAGGCCCAAGUCACCCGCCUCUGCGAUAAAGGCCAUUAAAAGGAACUAUGAGACGAAUUUACCAGACGACAUUGCGUCGGAUCGGGCUCGUGCUUGGAUCAGCUCUCUGGAGCUGGAAGAUCCUACCGCGGUUCGCCAGUUUCUCAAUGACUUCGAAGAGCGCUAUGGAGACGUCCGCUUCACAAACCUCACCUCCGAGUAUUGUAUUAUGAGCAUCAGUCGAGCAAUUCCCAAGACCACGCGGUAUUCAUACGUUUGCUUCUGUGAGAAUCAGUGGAGAUAUUAUUCCUUUGGCAGGACUACGGAUAGAGAACUCUUCAAAGAAUUCCGUUCUCUCCUCCUGAAAUACAUGGCAGACAACUUCUUCCUGGGGGUGAUGUAA